AUGGCCAACAAUCAUCGGAAUUCAACAAUGCUUAUGAAAAAUCAUCAUAAGAGCCAUUUGGCUUAUGCACCUGCCAAUUAUACUUCAACUUCUCAGCCAUCGUUUAAGGGUAUUAUACACAUGAAAAAUCCUUCGAUCUAUCCUGGUCUGGAUACUUCACGUCAUCAUCAUCAUCACCAUCAUCGGAUGGUUCGUUCAAAUCCGUCACCACCAAUGAUACGAGGUAAUUAA